AUUUGAUGAAGAUUUCUUGAUCCGAAUUUGAACUUUGUCCGGGAUAAUAUAAUUCUAGAGAAUUCUGCUCUACAAUGCCAUGGAUAUAGGUCGGUCUAGACAGUACUACAACGGGGCUGUAAUGUCUUGUUCACAGACUAUCGCGUGAGGAAGAUUACAUAAUAUCUAGGUAAAUACGGGUGUGGGAGCUGACAGACACGCAGAGUUAGCUAGCAGUCAGCUGUUAGGUACCGAGUAGAGAUGAUGGCUGCGGCGCCUGGGGUUGAGGCGAGCCCCAAUGAUGGGGUAGGCCUCCGCGGGCCCGACGUCAACGAAGAGGGUUCGAUUGCGACGUCGAGGCAUCGCUAUGUCCGAGAUUGUAAGCCAGAUGGAGGAUGGGGUUGGAUGAUCACCUUUGGUACUUUCCUUGUCUUCGUCAUCACGACGGGGUCGAGCUGGGCGUUCGGAAUAUUGUACAUCGCCUUUCUGGAUGCUUUCGACCAGAGUAAAGCCAUUACGGCCGUUCCGGGGUCCCUCAUCUUCAUGACGAUGGUGGUAACCAACCCUUAUGCCGGACUCCUGGCCGACAAGUACGGUCAUCGUCAAGUCAUCUUCGUGGGUGGAGUCAUUUCGUCGCUCGCAAUCUUAGCAAGCUCUUUCGCGACAGAUUUCACCAUGCUCACCAUCACGUAUGGUUUGGUGGGAGGCAUUGGAUUUGGACUGAGUCACAUGCCUGCAAUUGUGAUGCUCAGCCGCUACUUCGACACCAAAAUCGGCACGGCUACGGGACUGGCGAUGUCUGGAACAGGACUCGGGACCAUCUUCAUGUCGAUCGUCACUCAGUACCUGGUCGAUGAGUUCGGCUGGCGUGGGACCAUGAUGAUCUUGAGUGCCAUCAACGCCCACCUAUGCGUGGCCGCAGCGGUGAUGCGUCCGGUCAAACUGGGUUUGCGACGCAUGACCCCCGCAGAGGAGGAUAAACUAAAAGCAAAGACCAAAGAAGUAAGAGGCAUCACCUACAAAGAAUUGCCACAGGAGGACCCUGCGGCAAAAGGCAUUAGCAUCACAGCUAACCCUGUACAUGAACCUAACGGAACAGAGGGCGCUGUUUUCAGGACUAACACAUUGGUAGUUGGGGACAGAAACUCCAACUCACUAACUACAAAAUAUGUCAAGAUGGAUGUAAACCUUAAAUACAAUGGAUCCACACAAAACGGAACAUUCGAGACUAUUGAAAUAGUUCACAAGAAGGCAAAGGAGGCUGAUGCAAAUGGUAAAACAUCGCCUUCUGCAUGUUGCAGGGUAUGGUCCAACAUUGUGUCGUUCCUGGACUCCGUGUACGGUUUUGUACUUUGGAAGAACCCUAUGUACCUGUCUUUUCUGAUGGGCAUCAACCUAUCAUUCUUUGGGAUGACUGUAGUUUCUGCUCAUGUGGCGAAGCGGGCCCUUGAGUAUGGUAUAAAAGACAUGUACAGCACAUUGCUGGUGGCAGUGUUAGGUCUAAGUCAAGCAGUGGGUCGUAUCGUGUCCGGUCCUCUGGUAGACCGAUGUCGCCUUAACCCUCUCCGUCUCUACCAGUCCAUGGCUGCCUUAUGCGGGGUCUCCAUCAUCUUUAGUAUCUACCUCAAAUCAUUCUCAGCUCAGGUAGUGUUUUGUGCCUUGGCAGGCUAUACGACAGGAGCCUGUGCCACACUUCAAACUGUGAUGUGUGUAUCACUCUUCGGACCGGGUCAGAUGAAGUAUGCAUACCCCGGUGUCAUUCUAGCUGUGGGGAUCGCUAUGCUCACCAGUCCACCCAUAGCAGGUCUGUGUCGCGAUCUCCAGGGAAAUUACCUGGGAGCUUUCUUCAUGGCCGCAGCUGCCUGUUUCUCGUCGGUGGUGGCGCACCUCCCUUUGAGCUGCACCAUCAAGCCAGGAAAGAAACAUGCUCACACUCCGAUCGAAGAUAACGACCCGUACUUAGGCGACGAAUUUGUCCCAAAAGUAUAAACUGUUUAUCGCUCUCAUCAUUUCCUUAUUUCCUUAUUUCUUUAUAAAAGAAAAAGACAUCAAACCGGUUAUGAUUUCAAUUACCAAUCCAAUAUUAUUCAUCUCUUCCCUUUUUGUCAUGAAAUGUUUUCUUAACGUUAUCCCCAAACUGACCAAUAAUUGUUGGAUAUUCAGGUAAAGUAGUAUUUUAAAGAAAAUCACAAAUAUGACCAAUAAUGUGCCACUGGAAACCAGGAAGCCUACAGAUGACAAUCCUUUAAGAGUUAGGUCAACUACGUAUCGAAUGAUACAAAAAGGAGGAGACAGUAUUAUAGUAAUAGUAGCAAUGUUAAUCGCCGAGUAGUCAUAGAAGGGGCAUUAUCUUAACAUUUCAUCUUCAUCAGUCGGGCAGCCCAUCAAAGUCUCGAAUAGUUCAACUUGGUGCUAUAUACCUGUAGGUUUUUUGGUCUGUGUCUUAUUACCAGCACGUUUCUAGAAUAGGAACUGUAUACUUGUAUGUAUAUUACCAACUCCGUUAUUAUCCCUUAUUUUAUUUUGCAAUUGCUGAAAUUUUGUACAGACUCUACACGUGGAAUAUAUUGAAGAAUAUUUCAUGUGGCAUGCAAUGAGUUAAGCCUUAAGCACUGCAUUAUUUUAUCG